AUGAAGUUUAGAAUAACCUUGUUUUUGCUUAUGUUUGCAAAGCUCGAUCUAACCAAUGGAGAAACACAACCAACUGGAGGAUGUGGCUUUGGGUAUGAACUGAUGAUCGCGAAGCUGGAAUCAAUCGAAGAAAGGCUGCUUGCAAUGGAAGCUAAACUUCAAAAUGUGUGUACCGAAGAGACUGCAAAAGAAAUGAAAGUCGCUUUACCAACGCACGAAAGUGAUGAAAGCGAUGCAAGUGGUGAUGAAAUCAUGGUAUCCACUAUCGACCCUCCAACGACGGUAGCUUUUUUCGAUCAAACCACUGUGCGCACUGUACACCGUUUCAAGGCCGAAUCAACACCCAAGUACCCCGUAGGUAUCGAACCAACCGCGGAGCAACUUGCCGUUGGUGAGGACAGCAUUUACAGCUCGUGCCGCGAGGUCCCAUCACGGGUCAGUAAAAAAUUUCUUAUCAGAAUUUCGGCCGAUGCUCAGCCCAUCAAUCUGCUUUGCGACAUGAAUUCAGUCGACGCUGGAUGGAUCGUGGUACAGAAUCGUUUCAACGGUUCCGAAUCAUUCUAUCGCAGCUGGAAAGACUACGAGGCUGGUUUCGGUAAUUUGGAUGGAGAGUUUUGGCUCGGGUUGGAAAGAAUUAGCACCAUGGUCAACAAUGGACGUCAAUGGGAGAUCAUGUUCUGGUUGAAGAACUUUCAAGGAUUGGUACAGUAUUCAAAGUUUACUAAGUUUAGUCUUGGUAAUGCUACGGAGCUAUACAUACUGAAACAGACUGGACCAUAUGCUGGUAAUGCUGGGGAUUCGAUUACUCGACAUGUGGGCAAUAAAUUUACUACCUACGAUCGAGAUAACGAUCCGGCACCGUACAAUUGUGCGAAGAAGCAUCGUGGUGGCUGGUGGUAUCACAAUACUUGCAUUAGCAGCAAUCUGAACGGUGUUUACGGAUACACGGCGAGCGAUCAAUCAAACCGGUGGGACACGAUGAAACCUCAGGGGUACGGUCUGCAGGCCUCAAGAAUCAUGAUAAGGGAGGUGUGGUAA